GUCCAGAGUAAUGUUAUUGUAGUGGUUCAGUUACUCCACAACACAUACCAAAUACGCUUCGGAAACUACCAAAAAAAAGUAUACCAAUAGCUAUUUGACUUAACUUUUGUUUUUCCUUCUUUUUCUUCUUCCCCAAGAUGGAUAACUAUGUAAAAGUAGAGAAGAUUGGUGAAGGAACCUAUGGUGUUGUUUAUAAAGCUAAACACAAGUCUUCGGGGCGUAUCGUCGCUAUGAAAAAAAUACGCCUAGAAGACGAGUCCGAAGGAGUUCCAAGUACAGCUAUUCGAGAAAUUUCACUGUUAAAAGAGGUGAAUGAUGAAAGUAAUCGUUCAAACUGUGUUCGUCUUUUAGACAUCUUGCAUGCUGAGUCCAAACUAUAUUUGGUAUUCGAGUUUUUAGAUAUGGAUUUGAAAAAGUACAUGGAUAGAAUAUCAGAAACCGGAGCAUCCGCAUUAGAUCCAAGACUAGUGCAAAAGUUUGCAUACCAGUUAGUUAACGGCGUUAACUUUUGUCAUUCCCGGAGAAUCAUUCAUCGAGAUUUGAAGCCUCAAAAUUUAUUAAUUGACAAAGAAGGAAAUCUCAAAUUAGCAGACUUUGGUCUUGCUAGGUCUUUUGGCGUACCUUUACGUAACUAUACACACGAGAUUGUUACGUUGUGGUAUCGAGCUCCAGAAGUUCUUUUAGGAUCUCGACAUUACUCCACCGGCGUUGACAUAUGGAGUGUUGGUUGCAUAUUCGCUGAGAUGAUCCGUCGUACACCAUUGUUUCCUGGUGACUCGGAAAUUGAUGAGAUUUUCAAAAUAUUUCAAGUUUUGGGAACUCCGAACGAGGAAGUGUGGCCGGGGGUUACGCUUUUACAGGAUUAUAAAUCUACCUUUCCUCGUUGGAAACGCGUAGACCUUCACCGAGUUAUACCCAAUGGUGAAGAAGCAGCAAUCGAGUUGCUUUCGGCUAUGCUUGUUUAUGAUCCUGCGCAUCGAAUCAGUGCUAAGAGAGCUUUACAGCAGCCAUAUUUACGAGAAUAUGGAGAGACUUUCGUGUGAGCGAUGGAUGCUGUACUGUCAUUUCUUAUGCAUUUUAUAUAUGUUUAUCAUUAUUACCGGCUAUAAUUAUGCGUAUGUGGAUCUAAGGUUUUUAUUAUAUAUAUGAUAACUCGUAUUUAACCCUCAUUUUAUUUCUGGGCUAUGUUUUCUUAUUCUGUAUUGAAGUCGUCAGACGAUUUGACUGAACAAUCUGGUCCAGAUACUGACACAGAAUGUGCUAAACGAUUUGCUAUAUUUUCAGCCUUCUAAGUCUUAUACUUAGAUACGCGAGGUUAAACUUAUCAUUCACUAAAAGGAUAAAUCGUAUGGUCGUUUUGUGAAUCUCAAUCUUUGUGCUUUUAUUAUUUACUCGUCUUUUACACUAUCGUUUAUAUACCAUCUUUUAUUUUUAAACGAGUCUUCACUUAAUCUUCAGGAACGUCUAAAUUCAUUUACCUAUGUCCUUCCUUUCAUUGAUUAGUAAUAAAUCUAUUCUGUUUUAUUCAAUACCAAA